AUGACCCCCCAGAUGGGCGGCACGGUCACGCUGUGGGCCGUCGCGGUGCUGGCCCUGCUCGUCGGCGCGUGCGCCGCGCACCCGACCAGCGGUGGCAACUCAACAGGCAUAGGGGCGGCACGGGACCUGGGCGACGUCGUGCCGACGUACGGGGCCUGGAACGCCCUGGACAAAGCCGAGGCGUCCUCGCAGUGCCAGCUCGACGGCCCCUCGUGCGCUCUGGACGUCGCUGUGUCGAGAAAGCUGCUGCAAGCGUUCGGCGCGCCGUUCAGCACGCGCGCCCCGCCGGCGACGCCCGCGCCGCAAGUGGACUGUCCGAUCGAGGUGGACUGCAGCGGCAACGGGUCCCCCACGCCCGGCAAGUGCACGUGCAAUUGCGACAGCGGGUGGGUGACGGACCCAGAGCGGAACACGCUCGACCUGGACGCGCCGUUCUGCGACGUGCGCGAAGACGACCUCCAGUCACGCACCGGCGGCUUGUCGGAGCGCGAGCGGAACGCGACGACCAGCGGGGAGGUGGUGGUGUCAGGCAAUCAGUCCUCCGCCAAGGCGAUGGACCCCACGAACUGGACCUUCUCCGGCGUCGGGCUCUUCGUCUUCGUCGUCCUCUGCCCGCUCGUCCUCAUCAUCGGCUGCCUCACGUACCGCAAGCUCAAGAAACGCGGCCUGGUGGACAAGGUCCUGCUUGCGGUGCAAGAGCGCAACCUGCAGGCCGAGAAGGGGAGGCGGGGCCGCGGGCGGCGGUACAGCGGGGACACGCUGUCGGAGAGCGACGUGAGCUACUCGGUCGACAGCGGGUGGGACCGGCGCGGGCGGCGUCGGCGCUCCCACUCGGCCCACUACGAGUCCCGCGCGCCGCCAGCGAUGCUCGGCUGGGGCGGGCCGCUGGCGGCAACGAUGCCGGUGCACCCGGGCGUGGGCGCGGCGCUGAACUCGACGAUCGCGGGCGCGCAGCUCGCGCAGACCGUGGCGCUGACUCAGGGGGGGGGGUUCGGGUUCGGGGGGGCGCCGACGCCGACCAACACGCAGCACCUGGCCGCCACGGUUGGGCCGCAGGGCCUCCACGGCCUCCACCCGAGCGUGCUCGGGCAGACCUUGCCUGCGGCGUCCCUGGGAGCGACGAUGUUCGGACGCACGGCGGUCUGCACGCGACGGUGGCUGGGACCUGCGGCGAGGUUGGGGCAGACGGUGGCGCGCGGGGGCGCGGGGGCGGGCCGUGCGGCGCUCGCGCGCACGUACGCGGCGAGCGCGGCCAGCGGGGGGGACUUGUUCGAGAGGUCCUUGGGGGGGUCACGGGGGGAGUCAGGGGUCGAGAAGUGGCUGCGCGAGACGCACGCGUGA